GACUCGGCUAUGGUGAGCGUCAGUAACGAGGGAGCAGGCUUGGUGACCUUAUGGACUUACACCCUGAGCAGCGUGGAAAAUAAGUUUCCCCGGGAAGAAAGGGAACUGGCAGUCCUAGCCAGGUACUGGGGGACCUUGAAGGAUUUAUCCCAGGGACAAGGAAUAAAGGUCAUCACACAGAGCCAAGUUCAUCGCUUCUUGCGGAAAGGUACCAUCAAAAGCACUAAAGCAACCAAUGUGAGAUGGGGGAGAUGGGAGGAUAUCCUACUAGACCCUGAUUUGGAGAUAGGACCAAUAACCCCCUCGUCAAAGAAACGAGUAAAGCCAGAGAUAAGAGAGGAGAAACCAUACGAAUGGAUUCUCUAUACUGAUGGAUCGAAAAAAGGUGAAGACCAGUCUGCCCACUGGGGCUUCAUCCUUAGACAUGAGGGAGAAGAAAAGAGCCGUCGUAAAGGUAUGACCCCUGGCAGUGCCCAAGCCGGAGAGGUUACAGCCAAUUGGAAGGACUGUUGGAGGCUAUAAGGCUACACGUACGACGUGUAAAGAUAGUAACGGACAGUCACUAAUGUGCACAAGCUCUUAAAGAAGACCUAUCCAUUUGGGAGGAAAAUGGAUAUGAAGGAGCGAAGGGCAAACCAGUUGCCCAUACAGAAUUAUGGAAAAAGAUAGCCGAGUUGAGGUUAAAUAUGAACAUAAAUGUCCACCAGAGAGCCCACGUUAAGGAAGGGGCUCAUUGGAGAGGAAAUGAUGAAGUUGAUAAAUACGUCCAAGAGAGAAAGUUAGUUGUUGUAGGAGCAGACGGAUGGGACAAGACCCCUGGAGGAAAAGUGGUCCCAGACGAGUUUGUGCGUGAGGUUACUACGGCCGUACAUGAAGCGCUAGGCCAUGGAGGUACCUUACCCACAAAGAGGGAGCUGGAAAGACUGGAGCUUUGGAUCCCGGAUAAGAAAAUCCGAGCUGUGUUGCGGGACUGCGAGCAGUGUAAUAAAUACAACGCAGGACGCCGAGGACAACGAGCUGAAGGAUUGACUAUAAAGAGCACUGUGCCCUGGGCAUCAGUCUGCAUGGACGUAGCAGGCCCCAUGGGAGUGAAUGGCGCCAAAGGUGAGAGGUACCUAAUCGUGCUAGUGGAUUCGAUGUCAGUUGAUUCGGCUAGAAGCCGAAAUAGAAACCAGAUAUGAGUACUGAAAGGGAAGAAGACGUUCCGCCUUUCAUCAAGCUGGCCAUGGUGAAAGGUGUUGUGGUCACACGGAGGACUACGAGUGGAGUAAUGGCUGGAAGAGCAUUUAAACUUUUGGAACAUGCUAAAAGAGGAUAUCUGUCCAAGGGGAUGGAGAGUUUGUGUUGGCACCAAGUGAAUCAAGGCUGUGUCUCCUGCGGAAAGACCGAAGCACAGGAUAACAGAAGGCAUGGAACUAGCCAGGAUUGGACAACCGGUUCCCCGACCUUGGAGAACUUAGGCCCAGCCAAAGUACUUGACGCCUACAUAUGCGAAAAUUGCAGAGCGAGAUAUUUGCCCAGAUUAAGAUUCUAUGCCCAAUGGGAUUGGAACCCAUAAGGAAAUGAAGGACAGAGAAACUGUGAAUGUUGGUGGGAUGGACGAACUCUACUAUAUUGUGACCACUGCUGGAGUAGGGUCCAGGAUGGAACAUUGGUGUUAGCCGGUCAAGCCGAUGGAUGGCAAGUGAACAAGGCAGAGACACCAAUAAGCCGGUUGCCUCCCAUUUUGACUUACCCUACCAGGAUGGAGAUCAGCAAAGAAAGAAUAGAUUUGGGACUUCCGAGCCUACUCAACACAAAUUGGCCGGGGUGGGCAGGAAAUGAACGCCCCGCAAAAUUAAUGGAACAAUUACCCAAUAACCACCUUACCCAACGCUCCGCACGAGCGAGAAGUGGGAGAAAACGGCUUGUAUACUUAUCAAACGUUGUUGGACGAAACGACCAAGAGGAUAGAGUAUAAAGAGAAAGUUGCUAUAAUACAGAUGAGUCCUGUGGCACCUCACCUGGUGUUCUCAGCAAAGACAGCAGUAAAACAUUGGGUCGAAGUCAGGGUUAUGGUGGCCUUGAUACCCUAUGAAGGAAUAUACUCCAUAGGAAUGAAGUUGUCAAUGAGAACAACUGUCAGAAGGGAGGAAAAAGGUCAAAGUAAUAGCCCUACAAGGGUCUCAAGUGGCUUGAGUAGAAAUACAAAAUUAUUGUCGCUAGCAGAAGCAGCAACAGAGGAAUUAGAGAAAUUGGGAGAGGAGAUUGAAACUGCUGGAAACGGCUCAGGCAGUAGCAAUGAAGAAGUUCAUAAGUUAAAGAAACGCACUGACAUUAGGAAGGGAAGGACCAAGUGCCCCUACCCUAACUGUACCGGUGACGGGCACGUGCUGUCAGAUAGGAUGUACCAUUGGUCUCUGAGAGGAUGCCCUGGAUAUAAUAAAGAAUGGCCAAAGGGUUAUGGGAGUUCGAAAUGGAAGGAAAUAAGACGAGUAGUGAAAGAAAGGGAAUACGCUUUGAAAGAUGAAGAAUGGGAGCCCGAGAAGAUCGGAAGGAGUAGGCGACGACGGCCUGCAGAAGGAAACGCUUCCCCAGAGAAGGAGGCACAAGAACCAGAGGAAAGCCACCGCAUACAAACGAUUGAUAGUGGUGAGGAAGUAGUUAAGGGAUGGCUCUCUCGUCUGUGGAAUAGACCAAUCAAAGAGUCAUCAUCCUCUUCGACGCAGGAUUAAGACCUAAAAGGGAAAUUUAAGUGCGCGACUUAGAAGCUCGUGGGGUUACUUUGGAAAAACAAAAGGCUUCUAUGUAAGACGUAUUGAAAAAGAUAUUGUUGGCGUUGCAAGAAUUACAAGAUAAAGGAGAUAUAAUUAGAUUGAAGACAAUUGAAUUAUAAGGAACACCCCCUUAAGAGGGUGGAGCAAAUGUGAGAGUGAAUAUAUAGUGGGAUUGACGCAAGUGGACUGAGAACUGCACAGUCUCACCCCGCAUAACGAGGAAGGAGAGGAAUGGAUCAGCUGAAUGACCUGAGAAUUCGUAUGACUAAAUUGGAGGAACAAGCGUCGAACAUAGCAGAUGCGUUAAGGCUCACACUAACAGCGCUACACAGGUAGUACAAAAAGGACAGGAGGAGAUUACAGCUCUUGUGUUGCAACAUCAGGCCGCAUUUAUAGACCAGAAAUCCCUUCUCAAUAAAUUGGAAGAAUUCAGAAGGACUACUGGGAAGCUGCUCACUCUAUCAGCCGAGGUGACUUACUUGUCCCAUAAAUUGGAUGAGAUAGAAGAAGGACAACUGGAUCGCUAAAAGGAAUAUUUGCCCGGCUGGAUUUCAUGGACCUGACAGGUAUUCGAGUUACUUGGACUUGGACAACCAAGGGCUGAGGAGAAGACUGAAUGCAAAGAACCUACUAACCAAAUGGAAAAGGAGCCAAGCGGAAAGAUGGAAGGGGGGAACCUUCAGACAACUGACAACCCGCAUUACGAUACUCCUAAACCGCAUUAUGAUACUCCUAACCCGCAUUACGAUACUCCUAAACCGCAUUAUGAUACUCCACAGCCAAGAACUUUAAAGGACCCCUUGCACAACAUCAAGAGGUAGGACAAAAAGUUCAUACAUAUCGCAACUUAGAACGAGUGAUACAACAAAAAGAGAAUGCGUACGAGAUACCAACGGGAAAGGAAUCGGAGGAAACCCAGUAUGAACAACCCGACCAAGAUAUAGAAUGGGACUCAUUCAGUCAAGAUGAAAUACCCCGUUAUACCACACCACGGGCGUUCUGGCUCAAAAAUAGGAGGAAGAUAAAGCGUAUCGGGAUCUUAGCGUGCGGCUGUAUCAUCAUGAAUGCCCUGUUGAUGUUAAUGACGAACCUCAACACUUGGAUUGAAAUCAUACGGGAUGACCUUUUGGACUUGACUACUAUUCGAUACGGAACUACAAAGAUAACUAAUCAAUCAUGCUGGAUAGUACGUCAAGUACAGACGGUGGAGAAGUGGAAACAGAAUAAUAAAUCUGUCUCAGGCACAGGACAAGACACAACUGAUGGUUGUAAUAAGUCUCCCAAGAAUAGUUCAGAGGCUUUGGAAAUGCAGAAGGGAGGAAAGGACAUAAAAGCCUGGCUGAAGAACUGCACCGAAUACCCGGUGAUGUCCAAGAAGGUGUGUUCCCCACAUGUUGUUAAACGGGCUAAUUGGAGUAGUGGAGGCCCCGCUAUCAGGUUGGAUGUGCUGUGCUUGGAACAGAGUGAGUCGAGACUGGUUAGAAAAAAUUGGCUCCAAAUAGGUCACGCUGAACCAAUGUGGUAUACCAAUGAACACUGCACAGGCCUGCCUGACGGCUCAGGAGGAUAUUGGAUACCCAAGGCAGCCAAAAAUGAUAUCAUUUCCAAAGCGGCGCCCCUGAAUCAUACUUGAACCACUAUGCGCCCAAGAUGGGAACCAUGCUGGAGCUGCUUAACUUUCACCUGUGCAAACCGAACAUCCACGGGCAAUGACAGUCAAGAAUCCUCAACCUUUGGACCACCGACAGUGGCAUCACCACCUUAUAAAAACAGGUCGGAAAUAAGAGCACCAAGAGCGCUUUCACGGAAGCGACGUUCCACAGAAGAUCAAUUUAAAGAGUGUCAGCGGAAGUUGACAAAAGAAGCCCCUUCUUUACACCCCUGUCUGUGGAAUAGGGGUAGGAAAUGUGACAUGCGCUACCAUUUCCAUAUAUUGACCUAUAGGGGAAUAUAUGUCCAGGAUGACAAUUUUGCACCUGGGUUUGCGAACCUGCUUUUCCAGUCUGUGGGUUUCCUACAAUACCAAGGAACCGAAGUGAACUACGAACCCUGGCUAAAUAAAUCCUUGACAUGGAUAAGACCAGUACGUUCGUCCAGAUGGAUUUCUGAGAAAAAGGAAUCAUUGUAUAAGUUAGUAACACGAGGAACGCGUUGGUAUUAUCAACGACUUCCUACCCCAACGGAUUUGCUCUCCGUGCCCGACGGUGAUUUCCACAAACUGGAUCAAUGUGUAGUUUUGAAAAUAGUUGACCAACUUCAUGAGAAAGACUGGACAAAGGGCACCUCACCUCGAUGUCCUUUAGAAGAAACAAUAGGAGCACUUUCUACCAAAUGGAUUUACAAUUGUACAAGCCGGAAAAAGAACGACACAGUCAAAGGAAUUUUGCAAGCAUGGCAAGAACACCACGCGAGAGACGAAACUAAGACUCGGUGGGGUUUUAACCAGAAGGAGAUAGAACAGUUUGUGGUUCCCUGCUUAAACACAUCAAAAGGUUUUUGGGUUAAGUACCAGUAUUUGGCAACAGUGUACUCGAAAGAACAAGAUCUUUGGCCUGAUUAUGCAAGGAUAAAUGGUGGGGGAGUUGAUCUUUAUGCCAGCCCCAAACCCUGGACAAUGAUUUGUAAUACACAAAAACGUAAUUGUACAAUACAACUAGCGAGGAAACCGUGUGAUAGUGUACCAAGGUUUAAGGAUUACUGUAAGAACAAAUAUCUAGAUAAAGAUUACGCUAGUAUAGAGGGUGCAGUAUGGAUUAAGAAUAGUCAAAAUCAGUGGAUACGAAAUGAGGCAGUAAACAGACAAUAUUGCACGCGAUGGGAAAAGGAUUACGGUCUUCAAGAGACAAUUAACCAGGGUAACGCCCAGAACUAUAUUCCAUACAAACCUGACCCUGAAAUACAGAUUCUUGAGGGACGUGCGUUCCGGAAGAGCUUAUGUGAGGGGAAAGAAGUAACAGGUUUCGACUGGGUAGGCUUUAAUAGAAUAUAUGGCCAAGGGAAAUGCCAGGAACCCUAUGAACAUUGGCUAUCAUGCGGCCAUGGCGACAGCCUACAUGAGUGCAAAUGGUAUGAAAGAGUUGGGAAGGUUCUGGGGGAAAAUAUCAAAGAAAUCGGCGUAGCCCUUGUCACAACUGCGGUAGAGAUUGUGAAAGAAAGCCUAGAUAUAGGUUCUUGGCUCCUAGACCUUGCCAAGGAAAUAGGAUGGUGGCUCAUAUUGGGACUUACGAUAGUACUUGCGGCUGCAAUAGCUGUGGCACUCAUCAAGAGAGUACUACAAGGACAACCCAUGCCCUGGCAGUACAAAAAGAUGGGGACGCCUCUAAAAGUAAACGUCGUUGAUAAAGUCUACAUGGAGCUGCACAAGAAAUGGGCGGAGCCCAAGCGGAAGUGUCUGACGGCUAAGGAUGAAGAAACCAAGGAGGGGGCGGGGCCUGUGCAAGUAUAAAAGCUGGCGCGCGGCUCUGUCCCUCUCAGUUCAUACAUCGUGGUGGAAGGGUAAAACUUUGAGCCAUGGCGUGUUCUUCAUCUACCAAUGAUACUUAUGAUAGACCAGGCGCAAUGCAAAAUGUGAGUAAUGAGCUUCAAUAUUGGAUUAUUUUAGCGAUAUGGGUAAUCUAUUGCUGUACCGGCCAAUGGCAUUUUCACCAGGUAACUCGGCUCAUCAUUUGUACCAUAUCUAUAGAUAAAGUUUUGGUUUUGAGAUUUGUGUAUUGCACUUAUACCUGAGGACUCGGCAUGUUCGUUGUGUUUAUGCAUGGCCGAAUAAUAAUUGAUUAUAAAACACCCAAAGGUUUUGUAGAGACAUUUUUGUUGAUAGGCUGGAUAGUCUUAGACGUAACUUCAAUGAAAGCCUUUGAGAUAAUUUAUGGAGCGGUGGUGUUGGAGGGGGUACUUGCGAUAGCCAUGGCCUUAUACGUGAUGAACCUAGUCAUUGGUCUUCAAAAGAAUAAAAGUAAGAGGGUAUGGAUUUGCGCUUGGCUAAGUUAAUAGUAUGGGGGACCAUUUGGGGUAUUAUUUCCCUUCUUCUUUGGAUGCGCUUGAUUGACCAAUUAGUUUUAAUUGCCUGGUUCUUCACAUAUUCAGCCUUCUUUACCCUCCCACCUCGGAACUCUGCUGCUCGGCGAGUGACAUCCCCUCACUGCCACGCAGUUUGAGGAUACGCUCUCUUGAUGGGAAUAACACGGCUAUUUACCGACCUCCGGGUCAGGUAACUUUUGUAAGGGACCAGGCUGAUGCCUAGGAUCCCCUUCAGUUGAUGAUUUUGUGUUGACUAUGUGUAUGUUUACAGAAUGUAAUUACCCCGUGGUGUGUCCUUUGUGGGACUACUUCCCUUCGAUCCGCGUGGAUCAUGGGUGGUUCCUUCCUUGGACACUGCUGCUUCCCUUCACCGGUUAGUUCAAAGAAAGAGGUCUGGCUUGUACCUGAUGGACUCUACCUAAAAGCUGUGGCGAGUGAGGAAGGCUUCCUCACUGACGACUGGCUGUGGCUGACCUUUGCUGAUCUGGCGACUACGGCAGCCGCCCGGCCUCCCCACUGCCUGCCACCUGUCCAUGCCACCGCCUGCUAACAGAUCCAGGACCACUUCCAUUACCUUCAUAAAUAAAACUGUUCAUCACAAAUC